AUGGCUGCUGCCGGCCAGAAGGAAGAUAGCUUAACUCUGCCGGCGGUAGCCCCGUCCAAGUCACCCUCUCUUUCCUCAUCACCUGUAAUUCCCAUCUUAGUGAAGCCCAAGAGGUGUCUUGUGUAUUCGCAUCCCGCGAAGAGCUCCCGCGUGUCUCGCUGUGUCCUGCGCUGGCUCCAGGGCCUGGAUCUCAGCUUCUUCCCCAGAAACAUCUGCAGGGAUUUUUCAAAUGGCUAUUUGGUUGCAGAGAUAUUUUGUAUAUAUUACCCCUGGGAUCUUAGAUUAUCAUCCUUUGAAAAUGGGACAUCUUUAAAAGUCAAGUUGGAUAACUGGGCACAGAUAGAGAAGUUUCUCUCAAGAAAAAAAAUUAAACUACCUAAAGAACUAAUCCAUGGAACAAUUCACUGUAAAGCUGGAGUGCCUGAAAUACUGAUACAGGAGGUUUACACUUUACUAACACAUCAAGAAAUUAAAAGUGUACAGGAUGACUUGGUAAAUUUCACAGACUACAGUUACCAGAUGCGGUUGCCCCUGGUUCCUAGGUCUACAGUUUCAAAGUCUAUUAAAGAUAACAUUAGAUUAUCAGAAUUACUAAGCAAUCCUAAUAUGCUCAACAAUGAACUUAAAAUUAAGUUCCUUUUCCUUUUGCAAAUGUUGCAAAGAAAAUUAAGCAGAAAACUGAAUCCAGGAUGGUUUGAUAUCAGACCAACAAUAGGAGAAAUUACAAUUGAUCAUCUUCCUGUCGACUGUUUUGGACGCAGAAACAAAGGAAAGGUUUCAAGGGAAAAAGCUGUUUUACCAAUAUCUAAAAAUAAGAAUGGUGGUACUCCACAGAGGGAAAUUCAUGUGAAGCAAAGUGGGAAACCUUCUUGUGAAUCCAUUACAAAAGCUAUCAAAAAUGUGAAAGAAAACAUGACCCAUCAAAAAGCUUUGAAGUAG